GUUAUUGAUCCCAAUCAAUCAAUCUUCUUUUGCUUCUUCUCUCUCAAACCUCAAAAGUUCAUCUUCGUCUCUGUAUUCCCCACAUAAUAGUGAUGAAUCGAGACUAACAAAAUUCAAUUCCCAUCACUCUGAUUCGCAGCCGUAGUUUACCAAUUUCUUUUACUUGCAAGCAAUGGCUUGUCUUGGAAGAAAUUUCUCGAGAAUUGGUUGAGUUCGUGUAAGUAUCGAUUUUUCCCCUGCGAAACCCUAGAUCGAGUUUUCUGAUGCUGUGUUGAAUUCUUUCGCAUUCACAGAAAUUUUAGUAUGUUUAAGAGAUGCAAUUAGUGCCUAGUGAUGAUGAUGAUGAUAGGAAGGAACGUAUUUUUUUGGACGAAUCAACAUCCUCGAACGAAAUCGUAGCUGCGGAAAGAGGAGAUCGUGUUGUGGAGGAAGGACAAGUUUCAGAAAUAGCUGAGACUGAUGAUGACGAAACUACUCUUCUUGUUUCUGGAGAUCAACCACAAUGUCGAAUUUGCCUUGAUGUUGGAGGGGAAGAUCUGAUUGCUCCGUGCAAUUGUAAAGGUACUCAGAAGCACGUUCACAGAUCUUGCCUUGAUAAUUGGCGUUCCACCAAGGAAGGUUUUGCAUUUUCGCAUUGUACAGAGUGUAGAGCCUUCUUCAAACUCAGAGCCAAUGUACCUGCUGAUAGAUGGUGGUUGAGAUUGAGAUUUCAGCUGCUGGUUGCUAGGGAUCAUGCGUUCAUCUUCAUUUCUGUCCAGACGAUUGUAGCAUUCUUGGGGUUACUAGUUUACAAGUUCUACGGUGAAGAACUACGAGAAAUGUUUGGUUAUGAGGAACAUCCUUAUGGGUUCUACACAUUGGCUGUUUUGGCCAUUGUCUUGGUAGGACUGCUAUACGGAUUCUUCAUCGCCAUAAUAUGUGGUCAAAAGAUCAACGAGCGGCAUUACCAUGUUCUCGCCAAACAAGAACUCACAAAGGAAUAUAUAGUGGAAGACCGCGACUGCAAGAAUGUUCCUGAGCUUGACCAGAGUCAUGUGAUGGAACUCAAAAUGUUGGGACUUUAUUGAACAUAUAGUACAAGGAAAGAGCUUGUUGGAUCUUUACUUUUCAUGUCACCUGUAAAUUAUAUUCUUCAUUGAUUUAUAUGGUUGUUUCAACGGACGAUUGUGUCAUCGCCAAGUGGUUUUUUGAUUUUUUUUCUAUGUAUCUUUUGAUGAAAAUGUUUAUCUGUAAGAGUAUACACAUCAGACGCAAAUUGGUUUCCAAAGUAAAGUAUCGAUGAUCAAUC